AUGCCUGCCAUCCGCGUUCUCAACCCCUUCACCUCCUCCACCACCGUCUCUCCCGACUCCGCCGUCCUGUCGGAGAAGGACUCCAUCCGCCUCGAGUCCCGCCAACUCCCUCCCAGCAAGCAGGCGGUCCGCUUCAAGGCCCCAAAGUUCUCCCUGCCCUUCUCCAACGGCACGCCCAAGACGCCGCGAACGCAACCCACUCAGCCUGCAUCCGACUCCGUGCAACAGGCAAAGUUAGAGGCCCCGCAAAUCCCCGUCUUCAGGCCACCGAGCCCACAGAUUCCCACCUUGAGCCUGCCGACGAUAAAUUUGACGACAGCCACGGGCGAGAAGAGCAAGAUGGAAAAGGGCGAGCCAUUGACCCUCUUUCAGCCUCCCACACCCUCGGAGCAGAGGCGCAUUGCACGCCAACACGCUACAUUCGGUCCUCUGGGCUCCAAGCAGCACCUCUACUCCUCGCGGUUCGUGGGAGACGAGUUUCCCGAACCCAUUGAGGAUGAGCCGCCAUACUACUACCUCAUCACCACCUACAUCUCCUACCUGAUCCUCAUCAUCUUUGGCCACGUACGAGAUUUCUUUGGCAAGCGAUUCAAGCCGGACCAUUACAAGCAACUGCGCGAGCAGGAUGGCUACGCUCCCCUGAAUUCCGACUUCGACAACUUUUACAUCCGUCGAUUGCAACUGCGCAUCAACGACUGCUUCAGGCGGCCUGUCACGGGAGUGCCAGGACGCUUCAUCACCCUGUUGGAUCGCCAGAGUGACGACUUCAACUUGUCUUUCAAACUCACUGGCACGACGACCCAGACGCUGAACAUGUCCUCCUACAACUAUCUCGGCUUCGCUCAAUCCGAAGGCGAGUGUGCAGACGCUGCCGAACAAAGUGUGAAGAAGUACGGCAUCUCCUUCUGCUCACCAAGAGCCGAUUCAGGAACGUCUGAGUUGCACGUCGACGUUGAACGUCAGGUUGCCGAGUUUGUUGGAAAAGAGGCAGCUACCAUCUACUCCAUGGGUUUCGUGACCAACGCAACCGUCUUCCCCGCUCUGGUUGGCAAAGGCUGCCUACUGAUCUCCGACCAACUGAACCACUCAUCUAUCCGAUUUGGAGCCAGGUUAAGUGGAGCUGUAAUUGACAUGUUCAAGCACAACGACAUGGCUGCACUCGAGAAGCUACUACGGGAGAGAAUAUCACAGGGUCAGCCCCGAAGCCACCGACCUUGGAGAAAGAUAUUGGUCGCGGUGGAAGGCUUGUACAGUAUGGAGGGAACCAUGUGCAAUCUUCCUGGUCUCGUUGCGCUGAAGAAGAAGUACAAGUUUGCGCUGUACGUUGACGAGGCGCACUCCAUUGGCGCCAUUGGCCCACGAGGCCGUGGCGUUUGCGACUACUUUGGCAUUUCUCCUUCCGAGAUUGAUAUCCUGAUGGGCACCUUCACCAAAUCCUUCGGAGCAAACGGGGGUUACAUCUCUGGCAGCAAGACUCUCAUCGACAAGAUUCGCGUCAACAAUGCUGGAACACUCUAUGGUGAGUGUCCAUCUCCAGCUGUCCUUAGCCAAAUCAGCUCGAGUCUGCGAAUUAUCGCUGGCGAGCUCGCUCCAGGCCAGGGCGAGGAGCGUCUACAGCGUCUUGCUUUCAACAGCCGGUACUUGCGACUCGGACUCAAGAGGCUGGGAUUCAUUGUCUACGGGCAUGACGACAGCCCUAUCAUUCCUCUGCUGCUGUACCACCCAGCCAAGAUUCCUGCGUUCUCGCAUGAAAUGCUCAAGCGCAAGAUCGCCGUUGUAGUGGUGGGAUACCCAGCGACACCUUUGAUCUCCUCCCGAGCUCGGUUCUGCGUGAGUGCUGCACACACCAAGGAUGAUCUAGACCGAUUAUUGGCAGCAUGCGACCAAGCUGGCGAGGUUCUCCAACUCAAGUUCAGCUCUGGCAUUGCAGGAGGUCAGGAACCCAUCCACGAAGGUCUCACAAACGAGCAGGAAAUGGAAUACCGUUCAUGUCUUGAAGCAGGCGGCAAGCCCGCCGUCACUCCACCACGAUGGAGGCUGGAAGAUGUCAUCAAGCGAGGCGUGCAAGACGUGAAGAAGCCGUUGGUGUAG